AUGGGUAUUGACGUGAAAGAGACCGGCGCAACAAUAUGGAAAGUUCUUGGAUUCUCAAUGAACACAAGCAUCAAAUUCAUGAGAAACCACCCAGUUUUCUCAGGGGUUACCAUAUUCUUACUUGCGAUAUACGUCAUCCUCCCUUCCUUGUUCUUCUUCUUAAUAUACUCGUCGCCAGUUCUUGCUUGUGGUGUAGUAUAUGCCCGAGAAAAGAUGGGAUUGAGUUUUCCCUCUUCAGGACCAAAGAGUUGUGAAAGAGAAAAGGAUGGUGUUAGAAGAAGUCACUUAAAACAACAACGAAGUGUUAGACGAAACGCUAGAAUGCAAGUUGAAGAGUGGGAUUCACAGACAAGCGAGGAAGAGAAGGAUAAAGUUAUCUUGACCUCUCUUUACAAUGACCUUCUUGGACGUACACCACAUUUCGAGGAGUCUCCUAAAGCAAUAGAAACAGAAGUUGUAGAAGACAAUGAGAAGUCUUUGGGAGAGGAAGAGUCAAGAAUGUCUUCUCAAGAUUUGUGUUAUCUUGACGUUCAAGAACCAAUGGUUUGCAAACGUGAGAUCAAAGAAGAGAGGAGAGAGGAGAUGAGCAAUGCUAAUGAACAUGGGGUUUCAGAGAUUGAUAGAGAUAAGAGACUAGAGAGUCUAAUAGCCAGAAGAAAAACAAGACGUCUUUUCAAACUAGCUCUUGAUCAACACAACAAGCUUCAAGCUGAAGAAACAUCUAGCCCUAAACACAACAACAACAACCUUCAUGUUAACGUUCCAAGGAAAAAUAACAACAACUCUUUUGAAAAACGUGGAAGCUACUAUCCAUCAGAUGAUAGUACUGUUAUGGGAUUACAAGUUCCAUCUUCAGCACCUUCCGUGAUGUCAAAAGCGAGAAACCCUUUUGACAUUCCUUAUGAUCCUCAAGAGGAAAGACCUAUUCUUAGUGGAGGUAGCUUUGAUCAAGAAUUUUCGUUUUUCGACCAUAAAGAUAUGUUCUUCUCUCGUCAUGAGAGUUUCCGUCACUUUGAUCUUUUGUCUCCAGAACAUGCUCAGUGUAUGAACAGUCCACCUUCUAAUUCAGACAUCACAACUACUAGGAAACCUUUAGAUUUGGAGAAUGAACAGUUGGAUCAUAAUGAACAAGAUACAAUAGAAGAUGAUAAUAAAUGUGUUGAGGGUGGAGAGCUAGAAGUGAAUAAUGAGACAGAUUCAAACAAUGAAGAAGAAGAUGAUGAUGAUGAUGAUUCAAGUUGUUCAGAAGAAAGUGAAUCAGAACUCAACCGUUUCAACAAAGCAGAGCUAAGAGAAGCUAUAAGCCACACAAUGGAUAACCACCCUCUUUUUCUUGUGAAUCAAGCAAGAAAUGGUAUCCCAAGCCCUUUACCUAGAGGCUUAGCACCGCAAAAACUUGAUGAUAACAAUAUGUUAUAUGCUCGUAGACGCGAAAAUUCGCAUAGUAGAACAUUCUCAAUGGCCUCGGAUAUGCAAGUUGAGGUUUCAGAGAUUGGUUCACCUCCUACAACGGUUGAUUGGCUUGAUGAGUGGUCUAAUGACGGGGAAUCAUAUAUAUAUGAUACUGAUAUUGAUAGAGAAGUCAUACGCGGUGAAGAAUCAAGCAAGAGGGUCUCUAGCCAAUUUGAAACAAAAGAGGAGGAGAAUAGUUGGGUAGAGACUAAACCAGUGAUAUGUAUAGAUGAACACCUUAGAAUGGCUGAUGAUGUGUAUAGAAGAAGUCAAGCUGAUGAAGAGAAUUUUGACCAGAAACUUUCUAGUUUGAGUGAUGUUUCUAAGCCAACAAGAGGUUCAUUGUCGUCUAUAACAGAAGAACCUGAAGUUCUUACAAAAGUAGCUGAACAUGAGGUCGUGGAAGAGAAGGGUCCAGAACCAGAAAAAAGUAUUAAUGAUGAGUAUGCAAAGCCAAUAGAGGUAGAUAAAAUUCAUGACGUGUUGGAAGCAUCUUCGAGCCAGCCUUAUAUAGAAUUACUUGAGGACUACGCAAAUGCAGAAAAUAGAAGUGGUGUGUUUGUUUUGCAAGUUCAAGACUCUAAUAACUCAACAACAUUGGAUGAGUCAGCUGAUCAUGUUCUCUCUAAGGAAGGAGAAAGUUCACAGUUGUUGAAAGAUUUUCAUGAUGAAUCGAACGUUGAGGAAGAAUCAAUAGUUAUAGAAGACACACAACAGAACGGUUUAGAUUCUUCCGAAGGAAUAUCACCAAGAACAUUGGAGACUAUCCAACAAACAGAGCAUAAUGAUGCUAUUUACCCAAACACAGUCCCUCAAGAUAUUGCUGCAGCAGCCAAGGACUUAACUGCUACUGAGUAUAAUGAUGAAGAGAAUCUAAAACCUGAUGAGCAAGUUAUAGAAGAAGCUGUGGAAAAAGAUUUAGAGCUUAAUUCUCAACCAAUGCACCAUAACACUGGUUUCAUCGCUAAAGAAGAUGAUGAAGAAGGCAGAGACACCGUUUUAGGUUAG